AUGAGAUUAGCAGCUUAUGGCUGCGUGUCAUCUCUAUUAACAAUAGGAGUAAUACUUUCAGCCAUGUAUCAACACCCAAACUUUUAUGCUGUGUGUAUCUAUUUAUCAAAAUCAAGUGCUUGUAUGAUGGUACUUCUCAACAUGGGCUUAAUAAUAACAGUAUUGCUUGCAAAAGCAUUACAAGCCAUAUUCUUUGGUUCAUUACGAGCUAUUGAAGUUGAACAUCUAUAUGAACGAUCUUGGUAUGCAGUUACAGAAACCUGUCUUGCAAUGACCAUUUUUCGAGAAGAUUUCGAUUUACAGUUUAUCGUCUAUUUUACACUCUUAUUAUUCUUAAAGAUAUUCCAUUGGUUAUGUCAAGACCGUGUUGAAUUUAUGGAACAAUCACCGAUACGUCAAGCAUCAUUUCAUAUUCGAAUUUUAAAUUUACUGGCGCUAUUGUUGGUCAUUGACACCGCAAUGGCUAAUCAUGCACUUCAUGUUACUUUGACAAAAGGACCAAGUAUGAUGAUUAUGUUUGGCUUUGAGUAUACCAUCUUGAUAUUUGUCAUCAUAUCAACAACUGGUAAAUAUAUUCUAAACAUCAUUGAUAUGACAAGUGAACAGACAUGGGAAGGAAAAUCAAUGCUUGUUUUCUAUCUUGACUUGGUUACAGACUUCUUCAAACUUAUCACUUAUUCAAUGUUCUUUAUUUACAUCUGCUUAAACUAUCAACUUCCUCUUCAUAUCAUCAGAGAUGUUUAUGUCACAUUCAAAUCAUUUAUUCAAAAAUGCACAGACCUCUAUCGUUAUCGUCGUGCUACACGCAACAUGAACGAACUUUACCCAAAUGCUACUGCUGAAGACUUUAGUCGCUCUAACGAUAGAACAUGCAUUAUUUGUAGAGAGGAGAUGCAUAUAGCCGACAAUAACGAAACACCUAAUGAGGGCAAUGCUGAUGCUACUCUUAACAGAAACGAGCAGAAUCAUGAUCAAGCAAAGAAACUGCCUUGUGGACACAUUUUCCACUUUAACUGUCUACGUAGUUGGCUUGAGAGACAACAGACAUGUCCUACAUGGUAA